AUGUGGAGAAUUAUUCCACGUGUGAUACCUUUGAAGAAUUUACACCAAGUUGUCCUUAGGAGCAGUGUUAAUACUGUCAAACUGUAUCAUGCAAAGAGUGGAUGUUUUGGUUACAGGCCUGCUCCUCAAAUAAUCCAUGCAGGUCAGUUAUAACUGAGUAAAUUUAGAAUGCAUAGGUUAUUGAAUAAUGUAAGAACGAAAGAAAAAAAGACUGGCCCCUUCUACUGGUCCCUUAACCUUUUAACUCCCACAUCAAACUUGUAAUUCUCCUUACUCUCAACCAUACAAUUCUUAUAAUGUUAGUUCAGAGAAUUUAGUAUUGGAUCAACUAAUUAUUCCCAAAUUGAUAUUUUUCUUUAUUCUCAUCACUUAUCUGGUUGAUAUUGUAUUGAUGCUAUAGGGAGAAAUUCUGUCUUGAAUUCUGAGUUAAAAGUUCAACCCUUCAAACCCUAUAAGUGACCAGCAUCUUAUUUCUCCUUAAAGUAAUACUGCUGAAUCAUUCAUUAAGAUCAUGAGAAUAAAGGAACUGAUUUCCAUCCUUAGAAGCUUUGAUUAUUAAACUGAUUCUCCUUGUCAGUACAAAAGGAAAUCUAUAUGGAGGUGACAGAAUGCCUCCAGUACUCUUGGGAAAGAGAUAUACCUUGUCUAGUAAUUAAAAUUUUUUUUUGUUUGUAAGUACUCUCUUAAUUAUCUUUUUCAGAGAGUGAAGAGGAGUUGCAGAAUAAAAUCAAGAAUGCCAAUAUUCUUAGACUAGUAAAUGCUUAUAGAGAACAUGGGCAUAAAUUUGCAGAUGUAAAUCCUUUGAAGGCAAAAAACAGGUACAUACAUGUGCAUACAAUUCCUACUCCUUGGACUAAUUUUGAAUUUGGUUUGUUUCUAAUCACUGAUAUGUUACUAUUUUUCUCAGAGAUUUUCAAAGUGUUUUAAAGAACUCCAAGGAAUUUUCCUUGGCAAAUUUCGGUUUGGAUAAUGUGGAUGUAAAUAAGUAUUUCAAGUUAUCAGGUGAGACAAUUAUUUUAAAUUUUCUUUGCUAGUAUUGAUUGUUAAUUAAAUUAUUGAUGACUCUCUUUUGUGCAUUUAGGGUUGUUAUGUUAUAAUGGUCAAGAGGAAGCCACUCUCUCAGAAAUUCUUACACAUUUGGAAAAAGUUUAUUGUGGGCAGCUAUCGGCAGAAAUACACCAUAUUGAAGUAAGACACCAGAUUUCUAGCUUAAGGAGCCUUUUAGCUCUAGAUUCCUCAGCUCGAAACAUUUAUCUCAACCUCCUAACUGCAUGACCAUUGCUUUCUUGGUUAUUUGCACGUAGUAACUAGUAUCUAAAUUCUCCUUACAAUAUAACCCCUGAAACAAACAUCAAUGUCACAAGAAUAAAGGGAAUGAUCACCAACUAAAGAAACUCUUGAUUGUUCUGAAAAUUCUCCUUGUCAGCACCUUGGGAAAUGUAUAGAGAACAGCUUGGAGAAUAUAUAUACUGUUGUAAAUCUACAUCUUGCACCCUAGCAAAGUAGCUGUAGCUUGCUUUUCAUGAUUAUGUCUUGCUGCUGAGGAGGGUAAAUUUAAUACUACCUCCUUAAUCACCAACCCUAAAAUCCUUCAAUUGUGUAGUUUAUUAUUAAUAAGAGUCAUACUUGCUUAAUUUACAAGCCACACUUGGAGAGUGGGUCUCAAAGAAAACAGCUGCUGUGAUAGUAGUACUUAAUGAUUUCGUUACUUGGCAAUUAAUGUGUGUUCACUUUCCUGCAGGAUGAGUCAGAGAAGUUUUGGUUGGCUCAGCUGAUUGAAAAGAGUGUUCUGUAUUGGACACUAGAAAAUGAAUCUAAAAGACAGAACUAUUUAGCAAAGCUGUUGUUGAAAUCUGAGGUACAUGGCUUGUGAAAGUCAUUGUAAAUUCUUUACUUUUAUUGAGAUUGUUUGAAUAUGUACUUGUAUUAACAUACUUAGGUCACAGGCAUUUCUUUGCUCUUAGUGACAAAAAAAAUUAGAGAUGUUGUUGUAGAAAGUGGAUGAAAAAUGAUGCAAACCCUCUCAGUUUAUGCAGAAGUCUCUUAGAUGCCUGAAUAAUCUCCUAAUCUCCCAAAGAUAAAGUCAGCAGUUGAGCCAAGUGUCCCUGAACUUAUCUCAGUUUCCAAAGCAUGAAGUGACUAGCAGUAUCACUACUCCACCCCCCUCCCCCUCCCCCUGCCCAGAAGGGGAUGCUAGUCCAAUGCAGGGUUACACUCCAGCAUUUCAUCAGGCUUUCUUGGCAAUAUGUGAGUACCCAUUUACACUCCUGGGUGGAGAGUGGCACUGUGAGGGUAAAGUUGGUUUUGCUUGAGAACGCAACUGUGACCCAACCUUGUCUGAACCCUGGUGUUAAGACCCAGAGUCCAGCGCACUAACCUUCUGGCCACUGCAUUUCCCCUCUUAUCUCCUGUAAAAUUCAUUGAAUCUUUAGAAUAAGCGUAAAUCUGGAUAUUCAGUAUGAAAGUUAAAUAGUUGUAACUGGCUGAGAUAAAUUGUACAUAUUGUAACAUUUAAUUAAUGAAUAACAUACUCAUGCUUUUUUCUUAACAAGGCAUUUGACAAUUUUCUUGCCAAAAAAUUCCCAACAGUCAAGAGAUAUGGAGCUGAAGGAGCAGAGAGCAUGAUGGCAUUUUUUGAUGAACUUUUUCUUCGGUCUUCUUACAGUAAGUUAAGCGACUCCAGUAUGGAACAAUGGAAAAUAAGCUUUGAAAUGUCCUUAGUGCAGGUGUAAGUGACCCCUUAGGUCUGCAUCUUUCAUUAAAAUGUCUUCAAACUGUGUUUAGAAUGUAUAUUGUUUUGCGCCUGGUCAUGUUGUGGGCCUCUCAAUGAGGCGAGUUCAUGUUACUUCUAGCCCUCAUGCCUAGAAUACUUGUCCAGGAUUUCGACAGUUUUUAUGUCACCCCAUGUGUGCAUUAAGUUCUACUCUUACACACAAGAACAGCACAAUGACACCUCUCAAGGCUUGGGACCUCAGACUCUUUUAGUCAACAAAUACUUGACAUAAAUUUCAGAGGAUGUUAAUUACGAUGUGCUGAAUCAGUGCCCCUGCAUUUCCAACUGAAUUUUUUUUUCAGGUAAAAUCCAAGAGUUAGUCUUAGGCAUACCACAUAGAGGCCGACUCAACCUUCUAACUGGUCUUCUGAAAUAUCCUACAGCCCAACUGUUCCACAAGGUUUGAACUGUUAGAUGUUUAGUAAAUACUGGUAAACUGUUUACUAUUAAUAAUAAUUAUCAUGACUAAAUUUGACCUAUACUUAUGUGUAGGUUCCAAAACUUAUUUUAUUGGAGAUUAAUACAAUUAGGUUGAUUUCAUUUCUUUUUUUUGCUUUUCCUUAACACUAAAAUUGCCUCACAUGAUCUUGUGAGAAACUGGGCAACCAUGAAAAUUAAAUUGCCAAAUGAUUAUAGUUGGUUUUUAAAUAAAUGUGAUUAUAAAAUGUGAAAAUACAUUUUUAGGACUGGUAUAUUUCAAUGUUUUUACAUUGAAACAUAAUUAUAUUUUUUGUUCUUAUUUUUAUUAUUGAUACUAUUGAUAUACAUUUAGAUGUCCUUGAUGAUAAAGUAUUUAGAAAAACAUCACUUUAAAUACCUUUUAACAAAAACAGAUAAAAGGAAAUUCUGAGCUUCCUCCAGGAGCACAGGGCAUUGGUGAUGUCCUCUCUCAUCUGUGUAAGUUAAUGACAACAUUACAUGUAGUUCAGAACCUUUGUUUAAAACUGCUAGUGUUACAUGUCUUGAAUUAAUAAACCAGCAUUGCAAAAUAAUGUGGUCUAUCUUUGUAAGCCAGUGUUUACUUAACUCUUUACCAGCUUUAGCCAAAGGUUAUUACAGGUGUGCAACAGUGGUCUUCUAGUUUAAUACUUGAUUAGGUUAGUGAUUGUACAAAACUUCAGAUGUAGUAUUGUAGCGAGGUCUCUGAUCAAACCAGCCUAACAUAAAUUGUCUGAUUUGAGAAUUUUUGGCCCACUAGUUGGAAGCAAACCAGCUGAAUCUUUAUAAGUUUGGUCAAGGUGCUUGUCCACAUAAGUAUUAACUCAAAAGGAAUCCUUCAGCUUCAGUUUUCUGCACAACAUGUUUGAUGCACUGAAAAUGCUUUCUCACUCUCCCCUUCCGUAAAUGCCUAUUUACUAAAGUAUCCCUUAAAAUCAUAGUUUCUUUUGGAAAUCAUAGAUUUUCUGAAUUUCCUGCUUUUGUUUUAUCUACUUAUUCUAUAUUCUUAGACACUUCUGUGGAUCUUGAGGAUUAUGAUUUGCGAGUGACCAUGUUACCAAACCCAUCACACUUGGAAGCUGUCAAUCCUGUGACGGCUGGUAAGGCAAGGGGUCGGCAGCUUACAUUAAAGGAUGGUUGCUUUAGCAAUCUUGACAGUCCACUGGGUGAUAAGGUAAAUGUAAUUUACUAUUUCUUGUUUUGGAGUUCUCUACAUACAUGUAUAUGUAUGCAGGGUAUAUUGGGUGUGUUGUCGUAAACUGAUUUAUGACUGAUAAUUAUUUACAGACUGACCUGAGUCAGAGGUUGAUUGACUGACUGACUGUCUGAUAAACAUUAACUGAAUGACUGAUCAGUUGACUAAGUAAAUGGUUUGCUGUCUGACGGACAAUCAGCCAAUCUUAACUAACCUUUCAAAGGAGACACCUUAAGCAAAUGGGUUGGGGUGAAGAGGAUUUAUUCCUCCUUCCCUAAUUGAUGCCUGCCAUACAAAUUAUUUAGAACUACACAACCUUUAAAAUUCCUACCUGUUUUGGCAAGCACUUAAAUAACAAGAUUCAUCGUAAACUUUCCAACCUUUUUCUCUCUCCAAGGUACUCAGUGUAAUGGUUCAUGGAGAUGCUUCAUUCUCUGCUCAGGUAAGAAAAGGCAGUUUUCGUCUGGCAAUAAAAUCUACAUUUAGCAUCAUGAUUUUGCUUGAAUUUUUCACUCAGGUCUACACAUUGUACAUGUAUUACCACAAAGUUUAGAAUGCAACACUCCAUUCUUCAUGACAAAUUCCUGUUUAAACUGUUUGUCUAACAAAGAGAGAGUAGAAAAUUUAGUGAAUGUGAGUAUAUUCUGUGAUUGAUUGAGGAAAGUAAAUGGUGUUUUCAGCAUCAGGAGAGGUACAACAACACUCUUUGUUGUUAGGGCACCAGCCAAAUUUGAGGUAAACAUUGUUCAUCUCAGAGGAAUAUAUUUCUCAUGCACAGGGUAUUGUAGCAGAGACAUUUUGCCUGGCAAACCUACCACAUUACAGUGUUGGUGGCACAAUCCAUUUGAUUGUUAAUAACCAGCUUGGCUUCACUACCCCUGGGGAGAGAGGAAGGUAAUCAUCUCAUCAUGUUUUGCAAAUUGUAUGUCUUUCUUUUGAUACAUUGUGAAAUUCAAGGUUAAUGCUUUUCAUGAAGUUUAAGAUCUCUUUUGUAGGUCUUCUAGAUACAGCAGUGAUGUUGGUAAAAUGAUUGGAUGUCCUGUACUUCAUGUUAAUGGAGCUAAUCCCGAGGUAAAUGUUUCCUGUGACACAUGAUCCAUUCCUUGAAUUUUUUUUAAAGGAUUAUUCUUUAAAAAUCUGGAUAAAUUUGAAAAUGAUCCUCUACGUGGGAAGUAAGUGAGUUUUUUCUCUCUUUAGUACUGUUUCGGUCAGUACAGUUAGCAGUAAGUAAUUAUUCACACUCUAAUCUUAUAGUAUCUUGUGACCAUUCAUUACUGCAAAGAUCGCUUUCAUAUUCAUGACCAUAGGGCUGUCACUUUAUUUCUCUGUAAACAAAAGCUGGAUUAUUAAAAAAAAACACUAUGCUAUGAAUGUAAGAACGUAUUUAGAGAAUGUUCCAAACUAAAAGUGUUUGUAGGAAAAUUACAUGACCACUUUGGCAUUAACGUUGAUUGGAGAGUUUUAGAUUAGAUUUUGUUAACUUUCCAGCGGUGCAUGCUAAACUCUGCAGCCUGCAUGUAAAAGUUCAUCCAGCUUAGAUAGAGUGUUUUUCGAUUGAGUCUCGUAAAAGCAAAACUUAGGUUAUCACAACGGCCAAUCAGAAGAAAGAAAAAUACCCUAAAGAGCCAAUGAAAACUCGAAGUGAGAACAAGCCAACGACCCAAAGCGCGGGAAAACGUGGGCGACCAAAUCGUGGCUGGGUUCACGUUUGUAUCUGAUUGGUUGAUAGAGUGGCGCGAGUUUUCUGGACCAAUCACAGAGAGAAGUAAAGCCAAACCAACGCAAUCGCGGAUUACUUACGACGUUCAAUUGAAGGCUGCUCUAUAAGAGAUGUGGUUGUCAAUCCAUAAUGGUCGAAUAGAUAGUUCGUUAGUAUUGAAAAAUAAGAAAAAACAUGAUUGUUUGUAGACUAACUUGCUGUUAUCCUAAAAAGUCUUCCUCUUGCAUUUUGUUCACAUAGGAAGUUGUUCGAGCUUGUCGCUUGGCUUUUGAAUACAGAAGGAAGUACAGAAAGGAUGUUAUCGUUGACAUGCUCUGUUACAGACGAUGGUAUGUUUGUUUUUAUCUCUUUGUGAUUGUCCCUCUCAGGAGAAGUGAAAGCUGUAGAUACAGAGAGGCGCUUAACUUUUACUUGUAAAUGAAGUGAACCUUGAACUCCUUGGAGUGACCAAAUGAAUUUCUCCUUACAAUCUCGAUGUAUUUUUAAGGAGGAAGGAGACAAAAAUCGAGACGUUUAUACGAAGAUUAAAGCAAAUAUAUUUGUAUUUACGUCACAAUAAACCAAUCUACACCAUCCUUGGACAUUUAUACAAAAAUAGCGAGAUAGUGGAACUCUCUAGAUGUUUCUAUUUAACGUAAUAUUUGCAAAGGAUUUACUGUACUUUCCAUCAAUGAUCUAAGAACAGUAAUUUUCAAACAAACGCCGCCCUUAAGAACACGCCGCAACGGAAACGCUGUACCACGGCGCUAAAUCGAGUGUAUACGACAUUCUUCUAUUCACGAGCAGGAAUGAGGAACAUUUCUUAGAUCCCAUACCGAAUCAAACCGCAGAAUGUUACUUCCUUUGCUAUUCUAAGUCAUGUUAAGAUUGUUGUUGUUAUGGUUUGUUCCAGGGGUCACAAUGAGAUUGAUGAUCCAUCUUUCACACAACCCGUCAUGUACCAAGAAAUAGAGAGUCGUCCUAGCGUGCCAGUGCUCUAUGCCAAUAGUUUAGAGCAGAAGGGCGUGGCUGCGAUUGAAAGCGAGGAUAACAGUCAAUAUACCGAUUUUCUUAAUGAUCAAUUGAAGCGUUCAGAUAACUUUAUUCCUCAAACAAGUCACCUAGAGGGACACUGGAAAGGCUUUGUUCAGGCCAGUGCAGAUAAAAUUACUACUUGGGACACAGGUAGAAUAUUAGUUGCCUCGCAGUUUAGGGGCAGCUUGUCUUUUUAGACUCUGUGGCUUGUUUGUUCGAUAGACAUAAAGCUAGAACCAAGGUUACGAAAAUAACUUAUUAGACUAGAGGAGAAUAUCCCGCAGAGGCGAUAAGAUGGUCACAGGAAAUGCACGUAACCAAGUAGUGGUUAGGUUUAAUAUUGUACCUGAUUGCCUAAGAAGAUAGCAUGAGUUUUUGUUAUCAAUGUCACAGCAUAGUUAAGCCAAACCAUUAAUUUCCUGGGUUGCUCUGACACUUGAUUGAAAUCUUCUCAUUUUAAAUGGCUUUCUUUUCUUACAAAGGGUUUCCCCUGGAAGGCUUGCUCUUUGUUGGAGCGAAGUCUGUCGAAACACCCGACUCCUUUAACAUUCACCCGCACCUGAAAAAGACUCACGCGGAGGCCAGGAUAAAAAAAUUAGAAAGUGGCGCCGGAAUUGACUGGGCUACUGCAGAAGCUCUCGCCAUCGGAAGUCUUCUUCAUCAAGGUGAAAACUCCUCUUCAAUAUUGAAAAUCGAUUAGUAACGAAUAAAAAAUGUACCCGCUGAGGAUAACAAUUUAGAUGUCAGUGUUGCUUAGUGGUCACAUUUCGAAAGUUUCAUUUGCAGUCUUAAAUGAUAGAGCCACCUUGUACAGUUUAUGAUACGGUACUCGAAUGAUUACGCACUGGUCAGAGUUUGAACUUUCGGAUCUUUAAUUUGCAGUUAUUAUGCGAUUAAUUUUGUGCGAACUUUCCGUUUGACAGGGUAUCACGUGCGCUUUAGCGGGCAAGAUGUCGGAAGAGGAACAUUUAGCCACAGACACACGAUGCUGGUCGAUCAACAAACAGACGAGAUGUUUGUACCGCUGAAUAACAUGUCCGAACAACAGAAAGGAUUCCUUGAGGUAUUUAGCACUAUUCUCCUAAGAAUUUCCAUUACGAACUCCUCCAGACCUGCGCUCUUUCGGUCGGAGACUUGCCUGCUAACUCUUGUACCAGUAAAGUAGAUCUCUGAAAAAAAAUUUUUCUUGGUCUUCCACACAGGUGGUCAACAGUCCUUUGUCAGAAGAAGCUUGUCUCGGUUUUGAAUAUGGCAUGAGUAUUGAGAACCCAAAUCACUUGAUCAUCUGGGAAGCGCAGUUCGGAGAUUUCUUCAACGGCGCGCAGAUUAUCAUCGACACAUUCAUAUCAGGAGGAGAGGGUAAGAGGAAUGAGAUUUUUAACCCGUGGCAUAUUGAUGAAGAUAUUCUCUCAAGGCAAUUAUAACUUUUAGAAAGGAUUAGGCGAAAAACAGCAAAGGUGAUUUUUCUUUUUCAGCAAAGUGGUUGCUUCAGAGUGGUCUGGUGAUGUUACUGCCUCAUGGCUAUGAUGGUGCAGGACCUGAACAUUCUUCUUGUAGAGUAGAGAGAUUCCUUCAGGUGCGUGGUAUUAGCUUUAGACUUCACUAAAGUCUUUAGCUGUCUCCGUCUGUCACAGUGUUUGCAAUAAAUUCGAGUUUGUCGAUCUAUUGACCUUUGAGCUGAAAGUAAAAAAAAAAAAGUUCUUGAGGCAGAGAUGGCAAUGGAGAAAAGAGACUGGUGACCACUCUUAAUCGUUUUCUUAUUUCUGUAGAUGACAGACAGUCGAGAAGAUGGAGUGGACGGCGACGGUGUGAACAUGCAGAUAGUGAACCCAACCACGCCUGCGCAGUACUUCCACUUACUACGUCAGCAAGUGAGUUCAUAUGCAUGACGGAAAAAAGGAUGAGAUGGCAAAAUUUAAGCUAAGUUGUCGAGUGGAAAAGGGAAGAGAAUUGUGGUUUUUUUUCUGGUAUCGAAUCCCUCAACUCUUUAGUUGAUGCUCCCCUGUCAUUCAUUUUCGGAUAUUCGAGGUUAAAAUUUAUAAGUAACUACGGACUGAUGAAAUUUUGUUAACUAAAGCCGAAUUGUUUGAUGCCUAGAAUCCACUUUACAACACAAACCCAUUAACACAAAGCCAUCAAAUUUCUUUUUCUAUACUCUUAAUAAUUCUCUUAGAAAUGCCGCUAGCCUGAUUCGAUCGACAGAAAGCGAAACUUUAACUUAAACUAGAUGCCUCAAGAAAAACUGUUCCUAAUUUAUUAAAAUUAUUAUUAUUUGUCCUAGAUGGUCCGCAACUUCCGGAAACCACUGAUUGUCGUUGGACCGAAGUUGUUAUUAAGACUUCCGGUGAGUAAGAUGCACGAGCAUCCAAUCCAAGAAAAUUCUAGAAGCUUUGCUCAUGAAAUCGGAACAGGCUUUGGCGCGCCGUACGUACGAUAACGUAUUUUUUCUCAUUUUCCCCUCAGGCUGCGGUAUCGACCCUUCAAGAAAUGGGCCCAGGAACACAUUUUAGACCGGUGCUUGGAGAUGCCAGUGUAAAUAGCGCUUCAGUGCGCCGUGUUGUGUUCUGUUCUGGAAAGCAUUAUUACGCUUUAGCCAAGCAAAGAGAGGCGACCAACAGCUUAGAUACAGCCAUUAUAAGACUGGAGGUAGGGGACUCGUUUUGAUACUAGAAAGCGAUCUAUUACUUGAUGUAGUGGAACCUUAUAUCAGGGACACACUUGAGGCCACUUCAAGUGUCCCCUAAUGAGAGGCGUUUGGCAUUUUUAUUGGUUUCUUUGUUACUUUUGCUGUUGUUGGGACUAGGGUUGGAGUGUUCACUUACCGUGACCGCAUACAUUUUUAAGGAAGGAUCCUAAGUUGGGCUUGUAUGAAAAGCGGUGUCCCAUUGAUUGGAAUCUCGACUUCAAACCCUGGCCAGAAAACUGAACAAAAUUUUAAGAGGGAGAUUGGGGUUAGGACCUAGGAUCACAUCCGGGAACUGGGGAGAGGGGUAAAGACAUUCCUGGUGCGGAUUUCACGCGGUGUAAACCGUAAUAAGUUCGUGAGCAGGUUUUAUUUAUGCUAAUAAGAGACAAUUGUUUUUCUUUUUACUAGUUAAGUGAUAGUUCUAAAGUUGCUAUUUUACUUUAUAUCCUCUCCAGUCGUUAUGCCCGUUUCCUGCUGAAAUGAUUCGUCAAGAGCUGAAGAAGUUUCCUCAAGCGAAAGGUAUCUUUUUAAUAGUUGCCCCAAUGUUCCUAUCAACUUGAAAUGCUUUAGCAGUGUUGUGACAGUCAUAUACGACUUUUCUAUGCAGAAUUUGUUUGGAGUCAAGAAGAGCAAAGGAAUAUGGGAGCCUGGAGUUUCGUAUCACCGCGAUUUGAGAAUAUUGUGGGAGUUAAGGUAAACCUGAUGAUAUCAAAAUAGGAUUUAUAGUCAGUCUGUCUGGUUGAUUGAUUGACUAACUAACUUGUCGAUAGAUUGAUUGCUUAACGUAUUUACUGAAAGUCAGGGUAACUUGAAACAUGAUUAAAAAAAAACGCGGUUAAUCAGUUGACUUGACUGGAUUCUUGCUUGCCUUAUUGACUGAUGGAUGAGUUAGUAUUUUCGUUGAUUAUUGGCUGAUCCAUCAAUUGCUUGAUGAUAACAGAUUUUAAUCUUCGUUUUAGCUCAAAUAUAGUGGUCGAAGAGUUCUGGCUGUUCCUGCAGUUGGCAUUGGAAAGCUGCAUUCGCAAGAAGUAACCGACAUUUUGAGUGGCACGUUCCCAAAUAAAGACAAUUAACCAUAAUGCUUGGCGCUACAGUUGAAGAUAGUCCUAAAUCAUCCCGUCUCUUCCCUUGACAAAUGUCUUAUGGCACCAUGCUGGAACUUAAGUCUCCUUACCUGGGCUAAAUCUGAAGAGAAGUCUGACGUUUUUCUAAGGAAAUUUAUGGAAAAGUAAGGGAGACUGAGUAACGUCCUACAAAUGAGGAAUUUAAUUGUACCGCGACUAACUUAUUACUUCAGGUUGUAAAGAAACCGCUCUUAAAAAAUAACAUUUACAACUUGUAAGUUGUCAAAGAAGACUUAAAUCUGCUCUAAGCAGCCAAAGCUAAAGUUUGGUUUGACAAAAAGUAAAUAUUUUAAUAAUUUUACAUAUUUAUCAUUCCGCUCUCAAGAUAUGAAAGUUAAGGCUCUUAUCUAAUACCAUAUUUAAAACUGUAUUAAAAUCUCAAAUACUGUCGAAAUUGUCC